GUCGCCCGCCGACUCUGCUUGUGCUUGUGUGACUCGCGCCGCUCCGUGCACCGCACUCGUGCUCCGAACACGACGCGUGCCGCCCCGCUGUGGCCGCGAACCGCGACCUCUACGCUACCGGCGAAUCGUUUCUCCUAACUUACGUGCAACUUGCUAUGUUUUAACUUACGGACAUUUUACACUCCCUUACCCGGCUUGUUUAUCCCUCAUCAUAGUUGAGCCCCGCACCGCACCGGCUUGCUCGCUGACCGCCGAGCCGCUAAUCUAGCUUUUUCGCGCCCCACCGUCGCCCGCCCAGACCCGCACCGGCCGCCGCCAUGCUCGCGCACCAAGCACCGCUCGCCCUCUACUAAACUCAACCGUCAACAUCGAUAAGAACGCGUGUGAUAAUAAUAUUUUAAUACUCGCCUAAAUAAGCUUGCAACGUCGGUGUCUUUAAUUCUAACUUAAUUGUAAGAUUAAUCAACUAGUAAGUAGGUACCUAGCGUGGUAGCCGCGUCCGUGCGUGUGUGUCGUAGUGUAGUGAGGGUGCGCGAUCGACGCCAGUGGCCGCAGCAGCAUCUCUCUAGCCGUGUGACCAGUGCAUGCUGAGAGCGCGCGGGCGCGCUCGCUCCCCGCCGCCUAUGCGCCGCACUCGCUCUGCGUAAUUGUGCGCGCAUCUACCGCCCCUGAAUUUUAUGGCAGCAAUGGCCACCAUGGUGAACAUGAAUAACCUCUUAAACGGCAAGGACUCACGUUGGCUACAGCUUGAAGUGUGCCGCGAAUUUCAACGGAAUAAGUGCUCGCGACCCGACACCGAAUGCAAGUUUGCGCAUCCCCCGGCUACCGUGGAGGUGCAGAAUGGAAGAGUUACCGCCUGCUACGACAGUAUCAAGGGUCGGUGUAACCGCGAGAAACCACCUUGCAAGUACUUCCAUCCACCCCAACAUCUGAAAGAUCAGUUGCUAAUCAACGGCAGGAAUCAUCUAGCACUGAAGAACGCACUAAUGCAGCAGAUGGGCCUGACGCCCGGCCAGGUGCUGCCUGGCCAAGUCCCCGCUGUGGUGAGUCACCCAAGCUACGCUCCCUCCUACUACUACCGAAGCUUCGAGCGAUCGGACCUCCACACUAAUGUGGGCGGCGUGGGCGGUGCGGGCGCGGCUGCCAGCCACCUCGCCGCGCUGGACCCGAUCAGUCUGGCGUUGCUCGCCCCGCAGGCGACGUCACCGUACCUGUCGGGCGUGCCGGGCGUGGGCUCGACGUACGCGCAGUAUUACGCGCCGCAGUUGGUGCCGGCGGUGCUGGGCCACGACCCCGCCGCAGCCGCCGCCUCGCCGCUCGGCGUCAUGCAGCAACCCGUGCUGCAGCAGAAGCUGCCGCGCACCGACCGCUUAGAGUUACUGGACACCCUCCCGGUGUGCCAAGAUUUUAAUCGACAAGGAUGUACAAGACCUACCUGCAGAUUUGUUCAUAUUCGUGAAGGGUGCGGGCUGCAGGUGGUGGGGUGUCGCGUGGUGGUGUGUCGCGACGCCGCGGCCGGCACGUGUCGCCGCGCCGCCUGCCGCUACUACCACAUCCCCGUACAGCUGCCGCCAGCGCUGCGCCCCCCCUAACCUGCCCCCCCGCCACCCGUCCACCGCCGCACCCGAGCCCUCAUCCCUCCUCCCCCUCCCUCACCCCUCCACCUCCACCUCCACGUGAUCCGACCCAUCCCCGCAUCGCCCGCGCCCCGCGUUAUCCAUAUCGAUCGCGCCUCUGGCACACUCGGGAAAGGCAGGUUCGGCAAGUAUCCUACUGUCGCUCCCGCGGCUGAGGUGGUGAUAUCUUAGUGAAUAUCGGUUAGUGUAGAGCGGCCGGGGCGGGCCGCGUGCGCAGUUAGCGCCGGCGCCCCGCCCCCGUCUGGAGAGCGUUAUAGUCUUCGGGAAGAGUGUGUACAUAAGUAGCGGGAUAUGAUUCUCAGGCACGGUCAUACGAUUGUGAUAUGAAUAGAUUUCGAGACGCCGGAGCCGUUUGAGUAAUUUUAUCGAGAUCGUACCGAGAUCGUCGAAUAGUAGUUAGUGAGGUUUCAAAUGUUUUAUUACUAUUGUAUAUUAUUUUUUUUAAGAUACGAUAUGAGUUCCUGUAAAGAUCAGUGUGGUCGCCAUCGGGCGCUGCACGUAAACUUUGUUGUAUAUAAGCAAGCGGUGUAAUGUUUAUGGGUGGUGCGGAGCGCACCGUCGCCGCCGGCGCCGGUCCGUUCGCGGCCGGCGGCCGAUGCCGGUGUCAAAAGUUGCAUCACCCCACUCCUAACGUGAGCAUUUUUGUGAGAAUUAUGUUACUUUUUUACGUAUGUUAUAAAAUUAUUUUUUUCUAGAUGACAAGUUUUACACUAGAUUAGAUUAAGUGAGUCAGUAAUGAAACACCAAUAGAGUAGCCGCUUCUCUCCCUCGGCACUGAAACUUUUGACGCCGGAGCACAACUCGCGCGACUGGUGCCGCGCGCUCGCUCGCUGCGACUAGUCGGUACGUCGUUCUUCCCUUAUGGAGCCAUCCCGUUCGCACCACAUCCCACGUCCCACGACGCGCGUGCGUCGUCCAGUUCACACUUUAGCAUAGAUCGCGACACUCGUAGAGUGAUAGAGGACAGAAAUUCAUAAUACAAUGAACGUUAUCGGACAAUAUUAAACGAAGAAGGCAUACUUCCAAGCUAUUUACCUAAAUUCUAGGAUAGAACGUCGGCUUUUAUUCCAGAUAGAUUUUGCUAGAUAAUCAUUCUUUUACCGGUCGAUUCCCGUCUAUCGAUGCACAAAAUAUUACCGACGAUCGAGUCCGAUUACCUCUCGGUGAUGACAGCAUAAAGAAAUAGCUACCUAUAUUGUUUUCAACACAACAGUAUUAACGUUUUGAUCAAAUUUAUCUCGUCGUAUGUAUGUAGAGGUGAUAUGCGGAUAGAGAGAGAGGCGGGUGCGCGCGCGCCGAGUCGCGUGUGUCGCUCGAGUCGCUAGUGUCGCUCGCGGCCAGUAUACUGUAUAGAGUCGCAGUGUCGCACGCACGACGCGGCCGGCGCGCGCGUCCCGAAGGCAUGGAAGCCUAAUGCCUAAUAUUAUUCCUAGUCCAUAUCCUUUUUGUUGAUCAGUCAUGCGAUUAAUGUUAGAAUAAAUAUUAAUAAUUUGAUUUAUUCCUCCCAUUUAGUGGAUAUUUUGAUAAUGAUAUAUUAAUAAUGAAAUAUUUAAGAUACAUAAUACAUAUUUGAUUCUAAAUCCUGAUAAAGUGACACUACGUUAGUAAUUUAGUCGGAGGGAUACUUGUGCCGUGAUUAUAUUUUUAGGUAUAUAUUAUGAGAUAAUUCCUAGCGUCGGAAUUAAACAAGUGAUUAAUGUGUAAGCGUGUUAUAUUUAUUGUCGUAACGUAAGUGGAAUGCCAUAUCGAUAAAAGGUGAAUAUCGGAUGCGGAGUCAAACUCAUUAGUAACUCGUUGCGUUUGUGUUUAUGUUGAUUGUUAUUAUCAGUCCCGUGCUAGUGGCUAAGUGAACAGUUCACUUUUAUCAAUACGGCACUAUGAGUCUUAAAUAUAUAAGUUGUCAUAUUAUUUUUUGUUAAAAUUUAUCGUUUCAUGAUUUAUUUGUUGCCUAUAAUUUUUAUAAUCAAAAUUUUAUGAUCUGACGCAUUUAUUGUAAGACAAUCGAUUACUUUUAUAAUUAAUUAGUGUGAUAAUAAUAAUUAUGGUAUCAAAUUGCCGUUAUGAAAUAUAGAACAUCGAAAGUAUCCUUCCUGUUUAGAAGGGACUCUUCUGGCCCAAGGUUUCUAGUGGAUUUUAUAUUUUUCUUUUGUUGUAUUUUUAAUGUUGCGUGUGUCUUACACAUAAUAUAUUUCAUUUUUGUGAUAUUUUUAACUAUAAAGUACUGUUAUUAUAAAUCCAAAUGGAAUAAUGAUGACCUAAUUAAUAUUCAAGAAUUUAUUUGUAAAUCACAAAAAAAAAUGUAAAACUGUAAAUAUAUUGACAAAAAAAUGAACUGCAACACAAUAAUUGAUUAUUAUAUCUCUCAUCAAAUACACUGUAAGUUGUUUGAGUACCUAAGUAAUGGUAUCUUAUUAUGUAGUAUGUACCUACAAUCUACUUAUUGUAAACCGGUCCAGUGAACAAAGUAUUGAUAAUAUUGUGAACAUUUUUUUAUUCACGAACAAUCACAGAAAGUACAUGACAUUGUAAUAUUAUUUAUGAAAUUACUAUGUGAUGUGAUCUUCGGAUCAAUUUUGAGUACAGUAUAGAUAAUAAACAACUGAAUAUGUGA